AUGACUUCACUUUUUGUUAUGAAUUUGCUUACUUUUUUAUUUCUCUCAAACUUUUGUAUACUUCGAAUAUCAACCGAGUCUAUUUAUGAUCUCCCCUGGACAGUUGACAAAGGUAAUUGGAUAAUAACCGCAAAGUUAAUCUCGUCAAAUGAUGGAGUUUUCGAUAUUCGAGAGUACGUUCAUUCAAGUGAAGUUGUUCGUGGUAAAAUAACUAUAUCUUCUGGAGAUGAUACAAUGGAUAUUUUUUAUUCCAGUGAAUUUAAAAACGAUAGAUUAGUUAUUCAGAAUCAACAAUGUUUUGGAUUUAAUUUGAAAAACAAAUGGGAUCAUAAAUUAUUCAACAUCGAUUCGACAAAGCCUCUUCUUAAUCAUCUACUGAUGACGGGACCUUCGAUUGUGUUCAGGAUCAAUGGAAGGAACUUUAUCUGGAGACAAGACGAAGAUACAAAUAUUAAUGGAUUCGCGGUCCAUUCUGCAAACACAACAUUCAAUAGAAAUCUUGAUAUUAUUUACUAUUACAAAACUCAUUUAGAUUCUCCAGGAAUAUUAAAAGCCAAUCGAUUACAAUUUGAUGGACCUUUUCAAAUAAUUACUUCCAGCGAAAUUGUUAACUUAGAUAUUUAUUCAAUUACUAAAACACAGGAAGAGCUUGAUAAAGUUGUUACGGUUACACCAGGAAUCGGUUGUCCCUUGAACCUCAUAACAUCAAAAUCUCAUGACUGGUUUCAAAUACCAGAAAUGGUGGGAUCGAGCUAUCAUUUUGUGUCAAAAACUACUGUUAAUGGACCCAAAAAGUCAAUAACUUUGAGUGAGAUGUACGUUAACGGCCGAGAUCUUACUACAAGUUUGAAAACAAUUGAACAAGGGAUUGUGACGGAAUCUAUUUACGAUUAUAACUUGGGAACUAUUUAUUCCCUAACAAAAGAGGGUCGUUGUUUGAUCUCCGGCAUUGGUCCAAAUAGUCCAGGAAUAAGUAUUUACGGAACAUUCACCCAAUAUGGUUUUCUUAAUUAUCGAGACCUAAAUGGAUACUCGUAUCUUGGUAAAACUUUUAUCAGAUCAGGGUAUGAAGCUCAUGUUUGGGAGAGAGUUGAUUACUACUACAAAUUCGAAGGCAAAAAAUAUGAUAAAUUUGUUACUAGUCAUUAUUUUGUGAAAUCAUCUGAGGCCAAAUUAUUCAAAGAUUUUAUUCUCGUAAGAACUACAACAAGCAAUUACAAAGAUGUGAGCACCAAUUCUUAUAAAUUGAUUGAAACCAUCACAAAAGAUUACUAUGGAUUAGAGGAAACGGAAUCAGGUCGAGAUUAUGAAGCUGCAUUAACUUUACACUUUGGUGAUUGUUACCCUGAUUCAAAAGAUAGAAAGACUUUGGCAAUUUACUUCAGUUGUGAUAAGGACGAUAUAGAAGAUGUGGACUGCGUAAAGUAUGCGGAAAACCGUUAUGAUUUAUUCAAAUUAAGUGUGAAAAACAGAUUGGCUCAGAAUCAUAAUAUUUCUCCUGCAAGAGUAGCUAAUAUUGACCUCGUUUUUGAAGAUCGAAGUAUCAAAGCAUUAGUGACCUUUUUGAAAAUUCCCAAUAUAGAAGAUAGUUUACAGAAAGAAACAAUAAAAUUGUCUAAGAGCACAGUUUCAAGCUUGUAUCAAGUAUCUGCAGAUUCAGUUGGCGAUUGUUUUUACAAACAAGCUAGACUCAAUUAUGACCCAGAAGCAAUAUUAUUUUGCUAUCAAUACAUAGGGCCCAAUAUUUGCGGUCGUAUUAAAUUAAAGGAGACUAUCGUCAAAGAUAAGACUGGUACGACUUGCGAUGUAUUUUAUCCAACAAAAUGUUAUUCUCAAUUCGAAAAGGAAGUUCAUCUUGAUAAAUUAGAAAAUGUUAUUCGUCAUAAUAAAUUACAAGUUUAUCUAUCCGGUGAAGCUUACAUAUCUUACAGUUCCACAAAAGUUGUCGAGAUAACUAAUGGGUUGAAACAAAAUAGAAACUCUUUCGUAUUGGUUGCAUCGGAAAAGAAACUGAUAGAUACUGAUGUUGAUGUCAUAUUGGUUAAAGAUGUUUCAAAUCUUGGUGAUUGUUAUGGUACUUGUGCUCAUGAUGAUGUCAAUCUUUGUGAGACUUUCGUUUAUUGUCAAUAUACAGAUAAAUCUUCUUGUUAUACAUCAAAUAUUAUCCAUGCUAAUUUAUCCUCGCGAACGACAGAAGAUGAAUCUUGUAAAAUUUACUCAAAGAACCGACUAUUAGAUUACAUUAAGAUAUCUUCGAGAGAGUUUAAACAAUCAACUAGCAUCGCUAUUGAUGUUCCGCUCGAUGAUUGUGCUUCAAUGUGCAGUUCGUCUGAUGAAUGUUUCUCAUUCCAACAAUGUGGUGGUUCUUGUACUUUGAGUGGAUUUUACACUGACUCGAUAUCACAAGAAAGUUCUGAUUGUAAUAUUUAUAUUCCAAAAGUUUCUCAACAAUUUAUAUCAACUGGACGAAAAAUUGUUUCUCAAGUUUUUCACACUGAAGUUAAUCUAAAUUUGGAUCAGUGUGCUGCUCUUUGUCACAGUUGGACAAAUACUGGUGAAUCUUGUGUAUCAUUUAACUAUUGUCCUAAAAAUGGUGAAAUAAGCUCAUGUAGCUUAUCAAAAUAUUCGACCAACGAUAAAUCAGUUACUUUUAUUAAUUCAGGUGAUUGUAAAAAUUAUCAAUACAAAAAUCUAAAAGCAACCAAAGACAAAAAUCAUGUGUAUCACAAAGCUAUGACUGGAAAGAUAAACGGAGGAGCCGCAUUCGUCUUGAUCAUUUUUUUCAUUAGUAUUGGACUUUUGCUUGGAUUCAUUUUCCCGGUGCUCAUCUAUGAAAAAUUAAAGGGAACUAUCAACAGAAAAUUGGUUUCAUCAUCCUUAACGAAAGAAGAAGUUAGUUCAUUCAAGUGGAAAAGACAAAUUGAUCAAACGGAAGCAUAAAUUCAGGAAUAAUAAUUCAUAUUGUGUUGGGCUUUUUUAAUCCCAGUUUACUUUAGAGCCGUUAAUAAAAAAACUAUUAUAACUCAAGCAAAUAACAAAUAUCACAGAAUAUCUCAUGAAGAAAUAAAGAAUUUAUUAUAAAAGUUUAAA